AUGUCAUUCGCGGGCGUAUCCCUGAUCCAAGACGGCAAGCUAUGGCCUUCAACGUCGGCCAACAACGACGCCGGCUCUGCCAGUGGGUACCACCUGCUCGUGGUCGAAGGCUACUCGCGCACCAAAGACGCCCUCAACGGCUAUUACAUCGAAUCUCGCUCCUUCAGAGUCGGAGGCUAUCUCUGGCUUCUCCGCUACUACCCGAAUGGCUCGUGGGGCAACGCCGGCUUCAUCUCCGCCUCUGUUAUCCUUGCUCAGCAUAGGGAUGCCCUGGAGAACUCAAAGCACCUCAAGAAUGAUAGUUUCACCAUCAGGUGCGAUGUCCUCGUCAUCGAGAAUGCUGACGCCAAGGGCUCCGCUUCACAGUUCGUCACGGUGCCACCGCCCGACAUGCAGCGUCACUUCACCGAUCUCCUGAUUGCCAAGGAAGGCACGGACGUCACGUUCAAGGUCGGUACCGAGGCGUUCGCCGCGCACCGAUGCAUCCUCGCGGCCCGGUCUAGAGUCUUCAAGGCUGAGCUUUUUGGCCCGAUGAAAGAGGGCAGCAUGAUGACUGCUGACGCCAUAACUGUAGACGACAUGGAUGCUCGAGUUUUCAGGGCAAUGCUUGAGUUCAUUUACAGUGACUUGGAGCCAGAGCUGGGGAAGGAAGAUGAUGAAGGUGUGAUGUGGCAGCACCUGCUCGGUGCGGCGGAUAGGUAUGAUCUCCAACGGCUGAAGCUCAUGUGUGAAGAUAAGCUGUGCAGGUUCAUCGAUGUGAGCACCACGACGUCCAUCCUGGCUCUAGCUGAGCGCCACAGUUGUGACGGGCUGAAGAAGGCGUGCUACGAUUUUCUGGGUGCUCCGGGGAAGCUGAAGGCUGUCGCGGCCACUGAUGGAUUCGAUCAUCUGAUCACGAGCUGCCCCUCUGUUAUGAAGGAGUUGAUUGCCAUGCUUGCGCCUUAGUGUUCAUAUCUUUACAUUCCAGUUGUU